GGAGAUCAUGUAUCAAUGAUCUUGCGUCAUGCAUCAAUGAUCUUAAAUCAAAAAUUUCCCACAAAUUUCCUUGUUGCUUUUUGUACCAACGCUCACAGUGUUGUAACUUGUGACCCUCAUUUUGGGUAACACCAAGGUCGCCAAGUCCUCUGAAGGAGGAGAAAGAAUGCGGAAGAAUCUCAUGCCAAGUCCCCCCAAAGUCCUGGCUAAUUUUAUUAGCGGACACGUAGCGAUUCAGACAUGCACAGAGAGAGACGGUGCCUGAGUCCAAGCCGCGUAGAGAAGCGUAGACACCGCAGCACACGGGGAAGCGUUACAGCGGUUUACACGUGGUAUGCACCGGGUGUCAUCAACGGUUGCUGGAGGAUAGAUAUGUCGGAUAUGCCGUGCUUAUGACUGCUGUCUGCAAGGCCAGUUUUAGUACUGCUGAGCACUGGGGUGACUUGCCGACACGGAGAUUAUAUCCGUGACUGCCGGGAAGCCGAUCAGCGUCAGAGUCCAUGAUUUUUGAUGCUCUGGUCUGCUUUAGUCAAGCUCACUGCUCACAACAGCCCGCUGUGUCCAUCGUGGGGUAACAGAACAAGCAGGUGUAAUAGUGUUUUCUCCCCACGGAAAGCUCUGAACCGCUUUGAACAGGACUGUCCGAGUCAUACGAAACAUCCUGAAUCGCUCGCACUACAGUGACUACAUAAUAGAGCGACAUCGGAUAUGUUUCACGCGCAAACUUGAUUCGAAAGAUAUUGCUUCCGCGGAUCGGAGCUCUAUUGAGCCUAGACCGGCGGCGAGUAACCUGUUAUUGUGAAGGCCAUCUCGUCUCUUUCUGCCGAAUAUGAUCCUUUCCUAUCUGCCCUUUCAAUGCCCCCUUUGGCUUUGGAGAGGCUACAGCUCUCAAUUCUUCCGCUUCAAUGGGUUGCGGAUACAUCUUCUGCAUGAUUGUCCAGGGCUCUCGCUGCAGGCUCAGCCCUUGAAGGGGUGCUGGUCGGUAAAGACUUGAGGCUCAGAAGCCGAGUUCGCAAGCGAUGGGCGACAGAAGACAGUGCACACACACAAGAACAUGGUCGCGUGUAGUCGCUUGACGCGUUUGAUCGUCACCCGCGCUUAUUUUUUUCGAUUGCGGCAUGUUGUAUGGCUAUUAGCCACGCCUUUCUUUCUUCCACUUCCUCACGAAACGAUGGACGCCUUUGAUUUUGUCAUUGUGGGAGGCAGCAUUGCAGGUCUUACUGCAGCAUAUGCACUGCGGCAGGCCGGACAUCGGGUUUUGGUCUUGGAGCGCCGGGAGCGGGACGCGGUGAUGGAAGGCGGUCUGCGAGUCCCACCCAACAUGACAUGCCUGCUCAAAACACUGCCACAAGGCCCAGAGUUGCUGGAGGCUUAUGGCUGGAGAUGUUCAGCAAUCACCUUCAUCAAUUGCGAAAGUCAGCAAACUAUCGGUCGACUACAGCUCAUUGAAGAAGUGAUGACUGACUUGGGCUGUUACUACUACAUGGUUCCUUAUGAGAAGUUGUAUAACUUCCUACGUGAUCUCUGCGAGUCCAGUGGCGCUCAGAUACGAUUCCAGACCGAUAUUGUGGCGAUUCGGCUCGGUCGGAAUGCCAAACCCACUGUAGUGACUUCGACAGGCGAAUCUAUCAAGGCGGAUAUUCUUGUCGGUGCUGACGGACGAGCCAGCAUUGUCAGGGACGCUUUGUUGGAACUGAACUUGGACGCUGACAGCGCAGACGAAUCGGAUUUCGAUGAUUGCCGCAGCGAGGGAAGCACACUGUCGCUUCCCCCCGAUCUGCACGAGAUUGUCGGUGGAACGUGCUGCAUCAAUAUCUCUGCCGUUCAAGACCAACCAGACCUUAUGGAGAUAGCGAACUCGACGGAGUUCACCUACUGGCCGGGCACAGAUCUGUUUGUCAGCGGUCACCGAUGCGGUCCCGAUCUCUUCGUUGUUUCAAUUGUAUGGACGAACGGUCUGCAUACAGAAGACACGGAUUCGGACUGGCGGCCCGAGCCUCUCAUUCUGAAUGACAGAGACGCGGAAAGUUUUCGAUUGCAGGACGCCAGACUGAAAAGGCUUGUGUCAUAUGCCACAACGUGUCAUCGUACAAUCCAGCAAAUCCCCAAGAUUCCUCGAGUCACAGACCCGAACACGCGGGUGAUAAUAAUUGGGGACGCCGCGCAUUCCACCCCGAUCCACUGUUCGCACAAUUCGUCCUUGGCGGUCGAAGAUGGAUUCGCCCUUGGACGCAUUUUCUCGCACAUCAAAUGCAAAACCCAAAUUCCGUUUUUCCUGAGUGCAUUUCAUCAGAUUCGGCACAAGCGGGGUCUUGCUGUUGAGGCUGCAGAGUUGGCAGGGAUAGCGGCAAGCACAUUCGGUCCAGGACCUGCUCGAGACGCCCGAGACAAACAGCUAGCGCUGAUGAGCUCUGCCAACGGAAACGGCGAGGUCGAGGACGAAGUUGUCGCGGCAGUCUGGGCUGAUUAUCUCAUGCAAUUCAACUAUAACGCCAUAGAGGCGGUAGAGGAUUGGUGGCUGACAUGGGGCAAGUUGAAUAAGGACUGUUGAAAACACGGACAUUGCACAUAUCGUACAUAGUGUACGCACUUCUUUACUUCUCCUUCCGACAUAAUAAUCAAUCACCUGCGGACCCAUCACCCCACCUUAAAUCUUCGGCCGAUUGGAGUUAUGUGCGCAUCAUCGCAAGACAAGGUGAGGCGUCUCAUCCAUGUGGAAGCGAAGAGGGAGAAGACGGAGAUGAAGAAGGAUGCAGUCAGACGUUGAGUAGAGUUUGUCAUGUUUCAC